AUGAGAGGAUCCUAUGAAGCAGGUCUUACUGCAGCUAGAGGUAGAAGCUUCAUUCCAGUCAAACGGGUACUCACAGUAAAAGAAAUCGAUGUAACUAUUGACGAGAUUAAAAACAAGAUCAAACUGCAGAUAACCACAAAGAUCGCGAGUAAAAAUGGCCGGCACCAGUAUUCCGACGAUCGCAGCUUCAGCACCAUGUGGCUGAAAUCGGUCAUAUCAUUCGCGUUCGUUGUUGCGCUCACCACCGCUGAGCAAUCUGUCAAAAAUGACAGGACCGAGUACAAGAAGUCCCUCGCAAAAGACUGUGAAAAUUCGUACGGUAUCACGUGCCUCAAGUUGGACGUUGUGUCAUGGAUUGAUAAGUUGAACGAGGAUGACAGUUACAGUGUAUUACCCGGUGUGACGAUAGUGAAGGAAAAUAGUAGUGCCAGUGCCAAUACGGCCGAUAUCGUGUCGGACCUUGCAAGGGAGUUCCCCGACGACCCAGACGCUAGGCUAGACGCUUUCCUGCUGAAGAAACUUCAUGGAUACCUGGGCUCGCAUUCCCUGAAAUUGAAUCUACUCAAUGCAGCUGGAGGAGAUGAAUCAACGGCUAGAGGAGGAGGUGGUGGUGGUGGCGGGGGCGGCGGCGGCGGCAAAAAAGGCGGCGGUGGAAUGGGCAUGAUCCUGGCGGCCGCCGCGUUGAUGAAGGGAACCCUUGGCGCCCUGGCCCUUGGCGCUCUGGCUGCGUUGGCCGGAAAGGCCCUCAUGACUGGUCUAAUUUCUCUGCUGAUCUCGGCAAUAAUUGGCCUGAAGUCGCUACAUCACCAUCACGCGCAUGAGGACCACCACCAUGGACAUUCCGGAUACGGGAGGAGUUUCGACAUGCCAUUGCCACUGGGCCUACAGCCAGAAUACAAACCAGCCUGAGAUAUUAAUUUAUUUUAUUUAUUGUUAUUUAUUUGUUGC